GACGCGUUUUGUGUUUCACUCUCUCAGUGUUGAUAACUGUAUCAGUCUUUCUUUAUUAAUGAUCUUAAUGUUGUUGUUUCUAUGUCGCUUCUGAAGGGUUUCAUGUGGUGUUCAAAGCUCUCUGGAGAUUCAGAUGGACACUAGUGGAAAUCGUGACGAUAUAUUUACAGUUCUGUACACAUAGUUUCUGUUUGAGCUCUGGAUGCAUGUCUGUCAAACCUCAAAAUCAUUAUUAUUAUCACGAUUUCGGCAUAACUGGUUGUGGUGUCAUCAUGGAGGAGAUACUGAGCCGACUUCGGACACUGACUUCAGAUCAGCUGAGGGAACAGAUCACAGGCGCUGGACUCAAAUGUGGCCCAAUAACAGCCACCACCAGAAGCAUCUUUGAGAAGAAGUACGCUCGGGCUCUUCUGGCGAAUGGAACAGACGGAGGCGAUUCUGCGAGUCAGAUGAAUUCUGAGAGCUCAAACGGUGUUGAAGAUCCUCUACAGGAACUGAGUCCCGAAGCUCCUCCGAUCACAAAGAGUUCAGAGAGUUCCUCAGAAAAUCCACCUGUUUAUUAUGGAGUGUGUCCUCAACCGGACCACCCGUCAGAUAAAGAGGACGUGUGUCAUGUGUAUGUGGAUAAGAGAGAAGCACUGAAGGCUGUUGUGAUGUUGAGCGGAGCUCGAUUCAAAGGGUUCAGCAGGAGAGAGAUGGCUGAGAACUUCUCCAGAGGUUUGUGUGAGGGAGGCGUAUCGCCUCACAAACCGUCACCGGAGAAAUCCGGCCCUGCAUCCGCCACAGAGUGGUGUGUGAGCGUGGAGAAGGCGAAUGAAUUCAGAAGUCCACGCACACAAGAUCUUACGGCAAAACUCCGUCGAGCUGUAGAGACGGGAGAUGAGGAGGCGUUCAAAGACCUCGUCUGGGAGAAUCCGAGAUAUCUGAUUGGAUCUGGUGACAAUCCCACUGUUGUGCAGGAGGGAUGCAGGUAUAAUGUUUUGCACGUAGCAGCGAAAGAGAAUCAGCCGGAAAUGAGUCGUCUCAUCCUGGAGACGCUUGAGAACCCGAGGUUCAUGCGUCUGAUGUACCCUCACGACCAAGAGCUCAUGCUGUUUCAGAGAAUCAGAUAUAUCCUGGAUCUCUAUCUCAACACGCCUGAUAAAGUGAACAAUGAGACGCCGCUGCACUUCGCCUGUAAAUUCGGCUGUGCCGAUGUGGUGAAUGUUCUGUGUUCACAUCCAUAUACUGAUAAAAACUGCCGGAACAAAUAUGAUCAGAAACCGGCGAGUAUCAUCUGUGAGCGGAGGAACAGAAGGAAAGAUGUGAAACAGAAGAUCAUGGAAUAUUUGGAAGAUAGGUUUUAUGUGCCGUUGUUGAGGGCCACUGAUAACACGCUGUCUCCGGUGAUCGCUGGCCCCUGGUGUCCAUCUCGAUCUGUGGAUCACUUUCAUGAGCCUGUGAUGACAGACGCUCCCGAAAACCCAAAGAUGAAACUCAAGGCUUUUGUUGGACCUCUGAAAUUCUCAAAGGCAGAAGAGUUUCACAGACUGUGGAAAACACCGCCGCGGGACAGAGCCGAAUAUUUCCAUCACAUUUUAAAGUCGGACUGGGAUCAGGGUGCAGAGAGAGUGGGCUGGUGACAGAAUCAUGAAUGUGAUGCAAAAGAAGAUAUUUUGAGAAAUGUCUCAGAGUUUUUGUGUUCGUAUAACGGACGUUCAGUGUUGUUUGAUUAUCAACAUUCUUCAAAAUAUCUUCUGUUGUGUUCUCUCACACAGGUGUAACAUGACACGAGGAGGAAUAAAUGAUGAGGGAAUUCUUAUUUUCUGGCGAUCUGAUGUUGUGUUGUUGUUGUUGACAGAGAGUUGGCUCGUGAACUGGGAUUCCCGUGGGCAGAAUACUGGGAAUUUCUAAACUGCUUCAUUGAUCUGUCCACCGAUGACGGUUUGAAGAUGUUGGAGGAGCAUUUGAGCGCUCGUGAGACUUUCACAGGAAA